AUGGCAAAUUAUUCUGAACCAUCAUCAUCCUUAAGCUUUACUUCACCUUCUCAUGUCUCCAAUGGCUCUAAUGGCUACAAUAUAUCUUCUUCUUCAAUACCUGAAACACGAACAAAUCUUGAAAUCAUCAGCUUAAACAAACUCAGUAGCCACUUAGAAAAACUCUUGAUCCAAACCGACUCCAAUUCCAAUUCCGAUUUCAAUUCAAGCUACAGUGAUGCAGUAAUUGUAGUAGAAGGCAAUCAUGUGUGCAUUCAUCGGUGUAUUUUAGCAGCUAGAAGUAAGUUUUUCUGCAAUUUGUUUAACGAAAGUAAGGAUUCCGUUGAAGAAGAUGGGAAAUCGAAGUACAUUAUGAGUGAAAUUUUACCAUUUGGGAAUGUUGGAUAUGAUGCAUUUCUCGUGUUCUUGAAUUAUCUGUAUACUGGAAAAAUGAAGUCUUCUCCACCAGAGGUUUCAACAUGCAUCCAUGGUGAAUGUCCACAUGAUGCUUGUAGACCAGCUAUAGCGUUUGCUGUUGAAUUGAUGUAUGCUUCAGUCAUUUUUCAGGUCCCCGAAUUAGUUUCUCUUUUUCAGCGACGACUUCUUAACUUCAUCGAAAAGGCGUUCGUAGAAGACGUGAUCCCAAUACUUCUAGUAGCAUUCCACUGCGAGUUAACUCACAUCCUAACUCAAUGCAUCCACCGAGUCGCCCGGUCAGACCUCGACGACAUCACCCUCGAGAAAUCCCUCCCGCCCGAAGCCACCCGAGACGUAAAAUCCCUUCGCAACACCCUACCCGAAUCCGCCGCCCGAGAACCAAAAUCCGAAGAAGACGCAUUACGAGAAAAACGAAUCCGACAAAUACACAAAGCAUUAGAUUCGGAUGAUGUCGAGUUGGUCAAACUUCUACUGACCGAGUCAAACAUAACCCUAGACGACGCCCACGGGUUACACUACGCGGUUUCAUACUGUGACCCUAAAGUAGUGAAAGAAGUGAUAGAUUUAGAUCAAGCCGAUGUGAACCGUCGAAAUGCCCGAGGGUACACCGUAUUGCAUGUGGCGGCGAUGCGGAAAGAACCGUCUAUUAUUGUUUGUCUUUUGAGUAAACAAGUAUCGGUUUUUGAAACGACGCGCGAUGGGCAAAACGCGCUUGGGAUUUGCAAGCAGUUGACACGGCCGAAAGAUUAUAACACGAAAACGGAGCACGGGCAAGAGACGAAUAAGGAUCGGUUGUGUAUUGAAGUUUUGGAAAGGGAAAUGAUUAGGAAUACAAUGGGGAAAGAUGUGAUUGUUUCGUCUUCGGAUAUGACCGAAGAUUUGCACAUGAAGUUGUUGCAUUUGGAAAACCGAGUCGCGUUUGCACGAUUGUUGUUUCCAUCCGAAGCAAAACUAGCAAUGGAGAUCGCCAAUGCACAAACGACAUCUGCUUAUCCCGGUUUAUUGGCAACGAAAGGCUCAAACGGGAACUUAAGGGAGAUGGAUUUGAACGAGACGCCAUCCAUUCAAAAACAAAGACUCAUCUCACGAAUGGAAGCUCUCUUGAAAACAGUGGAGACGGGUCGACGUUUCUUUCCUCAUUGCUCAGAAGUUCUUGACAAGUUCAUGUUGGAUGAUUUGCCCGAUUUGUAUUUUCUUGAAAAGGGGACACCGGAAGAACAAGUGAUAAAACGUUCACGAUUUGUGGAGCUCAAAGAGGAUGUUCAAAGAGCAUUCACCAAGGACAAAGCCGAGCUACCGAGCAUUUUGACACACAGUAUAAAGAACCGAGCCCGGAAAUACUCGUAAAAUUUGGUUUUUUUUUUUUAGAAUGAAGUUUUUGUUGAAAAAUUUUAGUUAAAAAGUUGUAAAAAGCUCGAUCAAAUACGAA